GCCCCUGUUGAUAAAGUGGUCCAAUGCCGUGUUUACUUGUCCAACAAGAAGUUGUACCCACGUGGUUGUCCACGGUGAACUUGUCCCAUCCUGGGUCCGGCUUUUUUUUUCAAUUUAGAUUUCAUUAUCUUGGAUCAUUCUGAAAGCAUUCCGUAGAAUAACCUUUUAAUCCAUAUUAGACACAGCCUAACCAUGGAUUAUCCAGAAUGGGAUAUUCCUGAUUCUAAGACUAUCAACAGCAUAUCUUUUGAAAUAUUCUCAUCUGAAGAAAUUAAAAGACUCAGUGUGAAGCCUAUAACCAGCUCACAGACAUUUGAUGCCCUCCUUCAUCCUCAGCCAAAUGGCUUACAUGAUCUUGCACUCGGUUCCCUUAACAAGUACAUCUGUUUUACCUGUGGUCAACCACCUAGCACCUGCACGGGACAUCUUGGACAUAUUCCUUUACCUCUCUUGCUCUACAAUCCUAUGCUCUACCGGACAAUGUACAAGAUUCUAGACUUGGCAUGCCUCAGUUGCAAUCUGCUGGUUUUGAGCAAGGAGACCCUGCAAAUAAUUGAGAGUAAAAUUUCCCUAAUUAAAAGUGGUCAUUUGAUUGCAUACCAUGAGAUUAAUGGAAGGACCAAUGAUCCAAAUAAAAUUGAAGAAAUAUUGAAUUCGUUACCAAAGACAGAAGUGGCAAAAGAUGAGGAAGCAAGACAGAUUCGCCACCUGAGGCAUGUAUGGAAACAAUGUGUGGCUUUGCUACCGAAAAUAACUCGAAGAAAGUGUCCCCAUUGCUUGGCAACAAGACCAACACUGAAACAGUUUCAAAACUGCCAAAUCUUUACAUCAAUGAUGGUAUCAGAAACAAAGACGAAGAUGCCCAGAAUGAAAGAGAAACAAGGUGGAGGGAAGUCACAUUCAAGUAUACUUGAUUUAACAUUCAAGAAAUCGUACCUAACCCCUGUUGAAGUCAAGGAACGUAUGCAUAAAAUCUGGGAACAUAACGGCUACAUUCUAAGGAUGGUCUAUGACUUUUUAGACGUUGAUGUUGAAUAUCCAACUGACAUCUUUUUUCUUGAAGUUGUUCCUGUGAUUCCAUCUUGUUUUAGACCAUGUGUUGUUUUAAAAGGUAACAAGUAUGAAAGCGUGCAGACUUCUUCCUACAAACGAAUCGUGGUGGAAUGUGAGAAGAUCCAACAAAUUCUCCAUGAGCUCAGAAAGAUGGAAGGUGGCCAAACAGAAGGUGAAGGUGAAGGCAAAGGUGAAGGUGUGGGUGAAGUGGAUCUAAAUACGGUCAAUGAUGCAAAGCAUAAGAACCUAAAGAAAAGGCUCAACGAGACUUGGUUGGCUCUACAGAAGGAUGUCAAUUGGUUGUAUGACGAUUCCUCUGACCCAAGUUCAUUCCGCAUCAGAGGUGUUAGACAGAUUCUCGAGAAAAAAGAGGGUCUCUUCCGGAAGCACAUGAUGGGGAAACGUGUUAACUAUGUUGCCCGAUCAGUAAUUACCCCUGACCCCAAUAUUGAAGUCGCUGAGAUUGGAGUUCCUGAGAUCUUUGCUAAAACAUUGACCUAUCCACAACCUGUGACCCCUUGGAAUGUGGAUAAACUGAGGAAAAUGGUGAUUAAUGGGCCAAAUGAGUAUCCAGGAGCGGCGUAUGUUGUCGACCAGCAUGGUGUGAAGCAGCGUCUUCUUGCUGAAAAUCCCACCCAGCGUCAGUCAGUAGCCAACCAACUCCUCACUCCAUCAUCUGUCAACAAGUCUUUGGUCACAUGUAAGAAGGUUUAUCGCCAUCUCGUGAAUGGCGACUACCUUCUCCUCAAUCGACAGCCAUCUCUUCACAAGCCCAGUAUACAAGCUCAUCGAGCUCGUGUUUUGCCCAACAUCAAGACUUUCCGGUUGCAUUAUGCCAACUGCAAGGCUUACAACGCAGAUUUUGAUGGGGAUGAAAUGACAGCUCACGUACCUCAAACUGAACUAGGUCGGGCUGAAGCUAAGGAAAUUUCUAGUGCGCAAAACCAGUACGUGGUCCCUAAAGAUGGAAGUCCUCUGGCAGGUCUCAUCCAAGAUCAUGUUGUUGCUGGAGUGCGCCUUACCAUUCGUGGUCGUUUCUUCCGAAGAGAAGAGUUCAAUCAAUUGCUGUUCGCAGCACUUGUUAACAAACCUGAUGCCAUCCGACUGUUACCACCUGCUAUUAUUCGACCUGAGAAACUCUGGUCUGGAAAACAGCUUAUAUCUACUUUACUAAUCAAUAUAAUCCCAAAGAACAAGCCUUUAAUUACAAUGGAAAGCACAUCAAAGAUUCCAGAAAGGCUUUGGAAGUCAAUAGACCAUUUUGAUGCUUCAAUAAGUAGAGCUCUUUCACAAGAAAUGGGGGAGAGCCAUGUUAUAAUCCGAGACAGUGAAUUGCUGUGUGGUGUCCUGGAUAAAAGCCAGUACGGAUCAACAGCAUAUGGAUUAGUACACUGUUGUUAUGAGCUCUAUGGCGGAGAAGUAGCUGCAAACCUCCUCACAUGCUUUGGCCGACUUUUCACUUCCUUCUUACAAAGAGAUGGAUUUUCAUUGGGAAUUAAAGAUAUUCUCAUGACAAAACAGGCUGAUCAGGAACGCAAGAAAUUUAUUGAUUACAUCAAAAGCUACGAUAUUGAUAGAUCAAGAGAAGAACUGCAAGUAGUGGUUGGUGAAAGCACCAAGUCUGUUUCUGAAAUUGUCUUUGGAAACAAUCCGAUGCUUGUUGCAGAAUUGGACAAGAAGGUGAAGAAAAUAACCAACGAGGUGCAGAACAACUUAUUGCGAGCCAUUAUGCCAUCUGGUCUGCUUGUCAAAUUCCCUGACAAUAAUCUUCAGUUGAUGGUCAACGCCGGUGCAAAAGGAUCUUCGGUGAACGCUAUGCAAAUGUCCUGUCUUCUGGGCCAGAUUGAAUUGGAAGGACGAAGACCACCAAUGAUGCCAAGUGGACGUUUCUUGCCAUCAUUUCUACAGUAUGACAUUUCUCCCAAGGCUGGUGGCUUCAUUACUGGCCGUUUCACAACAGGAAUUUCACCUCAGGAAUACUUUGUCCAUUGUAUGGCCGGCAGAGAGGGUCUCAUUGACACCACUGUAAAAACCAGUCAUUCGGGAUACCUUCAACGUUGCUUAGUUAAGCAUUUAGAGAGCCUCAUCGUUAAUUAUGACCUCACAGUCAGAGACAGUGACGGCAGUGUUAUUCAGUUUUAUUAUGGUGAAGACAGCCUGGAUGUAACCAAGACUCAGUUUAUUAAUGAGAAUCACUUCCCAAUGUUGAUCAAGAACCGUGCUUCCAUCUUAAACCAAAAGAUGCCUCUUAAAGAAGCUGACAGCAACUUCAACUGUCGUCAGAUACAAAACAAAAUUUAUAAAUCCAGGCAAGAGUCUGGCUCCGUCCCAAAGUAUUCGGCUGACAGAAGUGCAUUCUUGAGAUUCUGCAAGAAAAAACAGGAAGACCUUGAAGUGCCAGACAACAUUUCUUGUAUGACUGGACGUUCUUUGAAAAGCACCUACCUGUGCAGUCUGUGGCACAACAUGAGUGAGAAACGGCGCCAAAAGUAUCAGAAGAAGGUUAUAUCUUGUCCAGAUCCUGUUUUGUCUAAGACUUGGCCAUAUACUCAGCAAGGUGCCAUCUCUGAAGAAAUAUACAAAAUGGCAAAGAAUUUCUGUUCCAAGUCUGAAAAUUCACACAGGAUAUGCCCACCAGGACAAGCUGAGACUAAAGAGACUCUUACGGAAGAAAACUUUGAGAAACUGAUAAAUUACAAAUAUCUACAAUGUAUGGUGGACCCUGGAGAAGCUGUUGGCUUAAUUUCAUCUCAGUCAAUUGGUGAGCCAUCAACUCAGAUGACACUGAACACAUUCCACUUUGCUGGUCUUGGAGAGAUGAACGUCACUCUGGGUAUUCCUCGUCUCCGUGAGAUUCUCUUCGGUUCCAAAAAUAUGAAGAUUCCUACAAUGGACAUUCCUGUCUUAGACACAAACUUUGCCAGGGCUGAAGCCAAAAAGCUGCAGAUGAAGUUAAACCCUGUUACACUCAGCCAGGUGUUAGAAAAGGUAGAUGUUACAGAUCGGAUUGAGAUGUCAUCUGGAUUUAACGAUCGGUUGUACAUAGUCCGUUUACAGUUCCUACCUCAAUGCAAAUACCAAGACCAGUUGGCAACAAAUCCAGACGAUAUCCUUCGCCACGUGGAAUUGAAAUACAUCACUGGUUUGCUGAAAUCCAUCAAAUCAACAAUCAAGUUCACACAGGCCUCGUUACGGAUUCUUCCCAAGGACAUUGUUCAUACUAUAAAAGUUACGCUGACUGAUUCGGCUGAACCAUCUGCUAACAAGGAGCAAGAUGGAGAAAGUGUUGGGGAGGAGGAAGAGGAGCCUGCUGCCAAUGCCGAGAGGGGAGACGAGUCUGAAGACUCCACAUCCAGUGGAGAAGACGAGAUGGAUGCAGUUGAUGGCAAACAGAAGAAGCAGACAAGUGAUGAACAUGACUACAAUGAUGAUGAUGACGAUGAUGAUGACGACGACGACGAUGAUGAUGACGAUGAUGAUGACAAUGAUGAUGAUGAGGACAGUGACAGUGAGACGGAAACAAAGAAGGAGAGUAAUACGACCGAAAUUAUGGAAGAUGAGGACGAAGAGUUCAAGAACGAAGAGGUUGUGGAAGAAUAUUUUUACCUUGAAGAUGACAUGAAGAAAACAAAAAGAGAACCAGCAAAAGGAAAAUACCUAGAGUCAUUCAAUGAGGCUAUAUUGUCAUAUAGUUACGACGAAGAAAAGAGUCUUUGGUGUGAAGUAGUAUUCAAGUUUAAUUUAAGAUUAACUAAGGUUGAUCUGAUGACCAUCAUCAAAAACAAUGCUGAGACAUCCAUUAUACAUAGAGUGCCUGGAAUCAAACGUUCCAUCUUAACAAGCGUCAAAAAUGAACUCCAUCUGCAGACGGAAGGAAUUCACAUCAGCUACAUUCAGCAGUUUCCUAAUAUUCUUGACAUCAAUCGCAUCUACUGCAACAGUCCAACAAUCAUGGCACAGGUCUAUGGGAUAGAAGCUGGGCUAAAGGUCAUCAUCAAGGAAAUCCAAUCUGUCUUUGGAGUUUAUGGCAUCAAAGUGAAUUACCGACAUUUGUCUCUCAUCGCAGACUAUAUGGCAUUUGAAGGUCAAUUGACCUUUUUCAAUCAAAAAGGCAUGCAAGCGUGUCCGUCCCCAUUACAAUUGAUCACUUUUGAGUCAGCUUACCGCGGCAUAGCAAAUGCUGCAUCUCAACAUUUGAAAGACUAUUUAAAUUCUCCUACCUCUCAGUUAGUUACAGGUAAACUACCCUCGUUCGGCACUGGACACUUUGACAUACUUUUACCCCUGAUACCUGUUAAAUAAAUCAUUGUUGGGUUUUUUAAAAUUUUU